AACCUUGUAAAUGCACGUGACCGCAGCAAACGCAGCGCGUGGUUACUCGUGGUUGCAGAGCCGUGAAGGCUACUCCGGCUACGCUAUUAGCUACGUUGAAAACGUUGUCUCACAUCUCGCAAGGACCGUUUGCAGCUGCAGCGACCGCAGAGCUUCAACCAAGACAAAGAGUAAUCGCGAGCCGGUCGAUGGCAUCAGGUGAUCACGCUCCCUGCAAGUCCCAGCUGCGUUGUUCUGUCAUUGAAAGUGACAGCCCUCGUCAUCUAAAGCAGUGUAAUGGCAUUUCAAGUUCACAGCUUAUAGCUGCUCAUGCUCAGCCUAGUUGCAGCACCACUGCUGCACACGAUGCUCCAGAACUUUUGUGUCAUUCAUCUGCAGGACACAGUUUUGCAGUCAGUACCGAUACCUCGUGUAGAACUCCUGAACAGCAGAAAUGGUGUCCGUCUGGUACUACACAUAGCCACAGAGACAGUACGCCGUGUUCGAGGCGGUUAGCAACACAGCGUUCACACUUAACCCGAAGAUGCUUUACGCCACAGCCUGUUCACGACAUGUCUAUCUCUGAGAGCAGCUCCGAUUCCUCGUAUUCAGAUGAUUAUGCCGAACUGAGGCGCAGGUGGUGUUCCCAGGAAGAUCUCAGCGUUAAGAGCCCCCUGGAAUCAUCUGACUCGCAACUGCCGCUGGACAAUUAUGACGGCACUACAUGCUCUACUCCGCUGCAGCACACUCCAGUGUCUGUGUGGCAGCUUCAGUCAAGCCAACCCUCCAUUUCCCCGAUUUUUCUGGAUUCUCCUGGACCCAGAUUGCCAUACUAUGACCCCCAUGUACCACCGCCGCCAUUGGCAAUGCAGUCUCCAGGAACAGAACCAAAGAUGCCAUUCUACAACCCGCAUAUACCACCUCCGUCAUUGUCAGCAUCUUCUUCUUCGUCAUCUCUUAGAGACAGCAGUGGAGCAGUGCUCUCAUCACAGACUUCACCACGGCCAUCGAGACAAGACAGCUUUGGAGCAGUGCUGUCGUCGUCACAGGCUCUACCCUUGUCAUCAGCACAAGGCAGCUUUGGAGCUGUGCAGACGCCAUCGCAAACUUCACCCUUAUCAUCAACUGGAGGCACUAGUAGAACAAUGCCCUCAUUAUUACAGACUUCACCCUUGUCAUCUACUUGGGACAGCGGAGCAGCAAUGGAGCCGGCUCAGGUGAAGCGUGUUACUGAUGAAGAGUGGCCAUUAGUCAAAAGAAGCCGUUCCGGCCCAGAUGCUGGGGAUGGCUUUGCACGUUUGUCAGGUACUCAGCCACACGUCUUCAGAGGUGGCCUGCAGUGGCGUGGUCCAAGCACUUACAGGAUGUACUGCAUGCAGCAAGAUGAGGGUGGUGACAAAGAUCGGCAGGUCCUGGACAUGUUCUGCUACCAGGAGGAAGACACUGCAGAAGUGGUGUUCCGACCGAAGUUCUUGACCCCCACCUCACAGCCGGCUACACCGACGCGCCCUAAACGGUCGCAACGGCAGCUCAGCCGUUGGGCGCCCCGUUCUGCUUCCACGCCCUCCUCGGAGAUGGCGCUGACAACAGCUCCCAACAUGCCCUUGCUGUCCAAGCGGUGGCCAUAUUCGGUUCCACCAAAGGUGGGCCUGGUGGACUCGCAUUGCCACCUGGACUUCAUAUUCAGCCGAGUGGGUCACACCGGAACUUACGCCAAGUUCCGCCUCAAGCACAGGGACACCUUCCCAGACUGUUAUGAGGGUUGCGUGGCCAACUUCUGCAACCCACAAACCUUCAAACUGCGCCACAUGUGGGGAAGCCUGCUGGCAGAAGAUGGUGUUUGGGGUGCAUUUGGAUGCCAUCCGCACAUGGCCAGCGAGUACAACAACGACAUUGAAGAUGACCUCGUCUAUGCCCUUGACCAUCCCAGUGUGGUAGCCCUCGGAGAGAUCGGCCUCGAUUACUCGUACAAGAACCAGUGUGACCACAAUGUACAGAAGGCUGUAUUCCGGAAACAGCUGAAGCUUGCCUUGAAUCGUAAGCUUCCCCUGGUGAUCCACUCCCGGGACUCGACUCAAGACACCAUCGACAUCCUCAAGGAGCUGGUGCCAAGGGACUACCUGAUUCACCGUCACUGCUUCACGGGGGGCUGGCCUGAGGCGCAGGAGUGGCUUGGAGCAUUCCCGAACCUGUGCUUGGGCAUCACACCGCUGAUAUGCUUUGAGAGGACGAGUCAUCUCGCCGAGGUCGGCCGCAAGAUUCCUCUUGACCGGCUGCUGCUCGAGACCGAUGCACCAUACUUCCUUCCAAAAGAGGAGACGAAAAAUCUUCGUGUUUCACAUCCCGGAAUGGCCAUACACGUUGCAGCGCGGGUUUCAAUGCUUCAAAAGGCUUCCAUCGAAGACGUGCUCACUGCGGCCCGCAAUAACACGAAGCGCAUUUACGGCAUAUAAUGUCAAUGGCUCCGCGUCACGCUCGCAUAUCGUGUAGCAUUUUUCUUAAAUUUUUUUGUUCCAAAGCUGAGAAAACUGUGAUAGCUACAUUCACAAAGGACCUGCUCAUCUUAAAACAUCUGUUAUCGUUUUUUCAUGCGACAUUUGUGCUAUAAAUCAAAGAAUUAAACUAUGGAGGCACAUGCCUGCCUUGUUAAUAGCUAUCUUGCCUCAAUUUCAAUUAUCAUGACGUUGCAAGGUCUUCAAGCUUAUCGUUUUGUGUUGUGUUCUGCAACAUCUGUUUAUAGUCAGCGGAAAUGGUAGCUCUUACGAAAUCAUAGCUAAAAAUCAAUAUGGUGUGAGCAUUAAGUGCAAAUCGAUGCAGAAAGUGUAAUGCGCUUAGGCGAAAUGUGUUAGAUUUUCUGUAGUGUUGAGCCUAUAAAAUGUGCUAAAAGCAUA